AUGUUUUCAGGUCCCAUUAGUAGGGGAAUUCUUGCAUUGGCUCAGUUGAAGCACCUUAAUGUUUCCUUCAACCAACUCACAGCAAUAGAGGUGAACAACUAUUUUCGGAGUUGGUCCCCACUUCAAGUACUUGAUGCACAAGGGAACCGUCUGCACGGUCAUUUGCCUGUUAAAUUGGUCAACUUUGAGAGGUUAGCAGUAAUUAAUCUAGCAUACAAUGGAUUGACAGGUCGAAUACCGAUGGCAUAUGGACUGAGAUUGGGGAGACCAUGGAGAAUAUUGUUUUUAGAUGAUAACUUCCUAUCAGGUCGUCUUCCACCCCAGUUCAAUAGCAGCAUGGUGAGGAUCAGAGGCAGCCUUGCAAAUAAUUGCCUGAUGUGCCCAAUAAACAUCCCCCUUUGCCGGGGAGGUCAGAGGCUAGCUUUAGGUUGCAUUAGUGAGAUUGAUGGCAAUUGA